CCGGGGUAUUCUGCCGUGACCAACAGGAUGAGUUCCCCCGGGAGCCUUUCCGUACCGCUGGGUCUCCGCGGAGAGGCAACGACUAAAUAAUGUCCCACCUAUUCCCAAGAGAUUGGGUCGCGGCUUAAGCUUUUGAUCAGCAUCUAGCACCAUGGGGGUCUUCGAGCCGCAUUCUAAGUUGAAGAUUACCCUUCGGACUUAUAUACUGUUAAAUAUUCUAGAAGUAUUAAAAGGGCGCUCAAAGUCGCGUUUAGUUAGGAUGCUUCGACAUAGCUUCAUUCAACUACGCUUAUAUAUCAAUCAAUUCAAUGAAUCUCUUAUGAAAAAUGACCGUGGCAGAGUUCGAUGAUAUUGAGUACGAGGGGAUCGGAGGAGAUAGCCACAUCGACGUACGAAGCGAGCGAUGCUUCCGUGACCAUUCCCCCGGUGACACCGUCAUCAGCUUGAGUGAUGAUGGACAAGCGCUUUACACUUAUCCUAUCCCUUCCUUUCACGCCUUAUCUCAGAGUCACCCAAGGCCAGACCUGAGUUCUCAGCAAACGCAAUCUCAUAGGAACUAUAACGGUGUCACCGAGACCGAAAGCCCGGGCGGUCCAAGGAUAUUAUGCUAUGAUACCCUCAUCUCUAUACAACAACAUGAGCAGCCAGGCUCGGUACGCGGACUAUCGCCACUAACAAGAUAUCGGCGUGACACACAGGGGCACGAGAGGCUCGCUCUAGGAAUGAAAGCCGAAGACCUUGGAUCACAUCUUGAUCUAGAGAGCCCUCCACCAUGUUCCAAGAAAGCGAACGGAGUUUUGAAAUGUAGCAAACCUUCAAUAAUAUCAUCGUUACACCUAAGCCCAGCAUCACACCAAACUCCAAGCUCGAGCCCAAUUCCGUCCAUGGAUCCCGAAACUUCGUCGGCCGCCGAGCAACUUCGCGAACUGUUAAAUGUGAUCGAGACCCCAGGGUGGGAUGAAGAUGUAUCUCCAGAAGAGCAAGCCGAGUAUCUACUGAGAACUCUGAGACGAACCCGAGAGAGAUAAAGCCGCCCAAGGUUCGCAAGCGGAGUCGACGGACUAGCAAAGACCGGCAGUCAUCGUCAAC